AAGUACACAGCUGGUUUCAGUACACAUUGAAAUGAAAUGUUUCUCCUCCAUGGUGCUACACAAAACACAGCACAAGAUACACAAUACACUGUAAGUGUUGACAGCAGUGCUGACCACUAGGUGCAGAUGGUGAGUGUGUGUGUGUGUUGGUGUCAAGCCAGUCUACAGGAGCCUGAUGGUUUGGUUGAAAAAACUGGUACACAGUCUUGUUAUGAGGGCCCACAUGCUUUGGUUCCUUUUCUCCAGAUGGGAAAAGGGUAACUCUGUGUAGAGUUUUCCUCAUACCAGACAAAGUGCCUGGUGGUUGUAAGGGUGGUCUUCCUUACAGCACAUCUGAAAGAAAGACAGUCCUGUAGUUAGUGAUCACCUGGAUGCUCUGCCAUAUGUGCCUGGUAUCACUGCUGUGGAUUCUCUCGGGGUAGGUAUACGAUUUGCCUCUCUGAUGAUCUGGGACAGUUUGGCCCUUGCUGUUUUUAAGGGCCACCAUGUCACCUGCUCUGUAGGUGGAGUCUCAGCAGCUCAUGCACCUUUGUGGUCAGUCACUGCUUCUGAUAGGAGCAUGUAGUGAUCUUCAACUGGGGGCAAGAUGGCUUUAUUAUCACCACACAUACAUUACAGCACAGUGGAAUUCUUUUCUUCGCAUAUCCCAGCUGAGGAAGUUGGGGUCAGAGCGCAGGUGCAGCUACACUACAGCACCCCUGGAGCAGAGAGGGUUAAGGGCCUUGCUCAAUUGCCCAGCAGUGGAGCUUGGUGGUGCUGGGGCUUGAACCCUUCAGUCUGCAUUUAACAGUCACAUAAUCCACCAGCCAUGAGCAGUAAUUAGAAACUAGCACAGAGUUCUUGCACCAUUCCACAUGGCGUUGAUGUAAACACACAAGCCUCCACAGGGCUGCAUUUCUUCUGAAACUCUACCUCUGAGGAGCAGCAAUCAAGGAGCAGAGGGUUUGGCCUUACAUCUAAGGUUUGUUUUUAGCCUAGCAUGGACUCCCACCAUCUUGCAGAGCUUCGGCUUACACUGCUUUCGACAUCACCUCAUUCAGCCACCGGCAGCAGGCAAGACCGAAGGCUGAGAAAGCGUGCAAUCAGCAGAGUAGACCGUAAUUGGUAGAGGCUUUGCAAUGAUGUAUGACAGUCUGGAUAAAAUAACAGACAUGGCCACCUAGAAGGACUCUACUCUGUCUUUUGCAUUAUUUAGUAUGAUACCUAAUUUUCUAGUUGUGUCAGUUUGUAUAGAUUGUGGGAACAUUAUUAACAGUAUUAAUUAUACUGUUACUGUUUGCUCCUUCUGUUGAGUCUGAAAAUAAGAGAAACAAGAGCGCCCUCUGUCUGUAAAUUAUUAUUAAUGCACCUGUCUUUUUUUUGUAAUACACACGAUUGCCAAAAGUUUUGUGAUGCCUGCCUUUACAUGCACAUGAAUGUAAUAUGGAGUUGGCCCGCCCUUUGCAGCUAUAACAGCUUCAACUCUUCUGGGAAGGAUUUCUACAAGGUAUUGGAGUGUGUUUAUGGGAAUUUUUGACCAUUCCUCUAGAAGCAUAUUUGUGAGGAAAGGCACUGAUGUAGGACGGGAAGGUCUGGCUCACAGUCUCCGCUCUAAUUCAUCCCAAAGGUGUUCUAUCAGGUUGAGGUCAGUCAAGUUCCUCCACACCAAAUUCACUCAACCAUGUCUUUAUGGACCUUGCUUUGUGCACUGGUAUGCAGUCCCCAACCCCAAACUGUUCCCACAAAGUUGGGAGCAUGAAGUUGUCCAAAAUGUCUUGGUAUGCUGAAGCAUUAAGAGUUCCUUUCACUGGAACUAAGGGGCCAACCCCUGAAAAACAUCACCUGAACUCAGUGAUUUGGAGGAGUGUUCCAACACUUUUGGCAAUAGAGUGUAUGUACAGUGUGUAUGCACCAUGCAGCCAUGACAUUAAAACCACCUGUCUAAUAUUGUCUAGGUCCUCCUUGUCCUGUCAUAACAGCUCUGUCCAGUCAAGGCUCGAUGGACUUCACAAAACCUGUGGUUAACAGCAGUUCUGUAAGUUGUGACGUGUGGCUUCCAUGUUUAUGCAGAAUUUGGAGGCCAGGUCAACAACUUGUAAUUCUUUGUGGUAUCAGACUAGAUGGGAUAGCCUUCACUCACCAGUGAGCCUUGGGUGUUCAUGACCCGGUCACUAGGUACUAACUAUUUGUUUCUUGUCAAAGUCUCUCAGGUCCUUAUGCUCGCCCUUUUUCGUGCUUCUAAAGCUAAAGCUAACUUGCUGCAUAAUUUAUUCCACUCCUUGACCUGUGCCUGGUCAAUAAUUUCAUUUUUAUGAGAUAAUCGAUAUUAUUCGCUUCAAGUCGUCUUUUUAAUAUUUAACCAGAAUUUCAGACUACAACAAAACUAAUAAAUACACAGAUCAGGCAUAAUAUUAUAAUCACUGACCGAUGAAUAACACUGAUCCUUCUUAUCAUGGCACCUGUUAGUGAGUGGGAUAUAUUAGGCAUGUGAGCAUCAGAACUGGACCAUGGAGCAAUGGAAGAAGGUGGCCUGGUCCUGAUGAAUUGCAUUUUCUUUUACAUCAUGUGGAUAGCCGGGUGUGUGUGCGUCGCUUACCUGGGGAACACAUGGCACCAGGAUACACUAUGGGAAGAAGGCGGGCCGGCAGAGGCAGUGUCAUUCUUUGUGCAAUGUUCUGCUGGGAAAAUCAAAUCAAAUCGAGCAUCUGUGGGAAGUCUGAUCCAUGGAGGGCCCACCUUACAACGUACAGGACUUAAAGGAUCUGCUUGGUGCCAGAUACCACAGCACACCUUCAGGGAUCUAGUGGAGUCCAUGCCUCGACGGGUCAAGACUGUUUUGGCAGCAAAAGGGGGACCAACACAGUAUUAGACAGGUGGUCAUAAUGUUAUGCCUGAUCAGUGUAUAUUUAUGCAAAUAAUAUUUAUGCAUAUUAUAGUUGUUGUAGUUAAUUAAUUAACUGAUUGUGCAACAUAUAAACAAGUCUAAAUUGCACCUUCUUUUUUUUAGCACUAUUUAUGCCCUCAGACAGUUUUAACUUUAUAUGCACUGUUACCCAUGCAGGCUGUUUUGCAGCUGUUUCCUGCUACAGGCAUGCCAGUGUUACAUAACACCUAGCAAUGCAAAGGUCAUGGCUUGCUGUUGCAUAAGAUUUCCAUCCACCUAAGAUUUCUGCACCCGUCUUCUGUAGUUACUCCUCCGAUUUGAACCAGUGGCUCUUUUUUGACACUGAAGGUUACAGAAUGGCUGAAAAACUCCCAGCACUGAAACAGCUAGUUUGCGCUUCCAUCGACGAAGCCAAGGACAAAUUCCAUCUAUUAGGAGAUGCGAUAUGGCGCCACCCAGAGCUGGCAUAUGAGGAAAGACAAGCCCAUGAGACUCUGGUUCGCUUUUUCACCCAGGAGAAAGGGUGGACAGUGGAGGCACACUACAAACUAGAAACAGCUUUUCGGGCCACCUGGGGGCCUGUGGGUGGAGGAGAUGGUGAGGCUGUGGUUAAUGUGGGGUUCCUGUGUGAGUAUGAUGCUCUGCCUGCUAUAGGCCACGCGUGCGGUCACAACCUGAUAGCAGAGAGCGGAGCGGCAGCAGCACUGGGCCUGAAGGUGGCGCUGGAGAGCGUGGAGGCGUGGCCUGUGCCAAUCAAGGUAACUGUUUUGGGGACUCCAGCAGAAGAGGAUGCAGGUGGGAAGGUGGACUUGCUCCGAGAAGGAGUCUUUGAAGGACUGGACGUGGUGUUUAUGGCUCAUCCUUCACAGGAGGACGCUACCUACAUCCCAGAUGUGGCAGAACAUGACCUUGUAGUGAAGUACCACGGACGUGCAUCUCACGCAUCAGCGUAUCCCUGGGAAGGUGUAAACGCUCUAGACGCAGCUGUCAUGGCUUACAGUAACAUGUCUGUACUCCGCCAGCAGCUCAGACCUGAAUGGAGGGUCCAUGGUAUAAUAAGGCAUGGAGGUGUGAAGCCCAACAUCAUCCCUGACUACAGUGAGCUGGAGUAUUACUUACGCACUCCUUCACACCGAGACCUGCCCAACAUCCGAGCCAAAGCUGAAGCCUGUUUUCAAGCUGCUGCUCUGGCCACAGGAUGUAAGGUUGAGCUUAUUUUUGCAAAGAACAAGUUUUAUGAAAUCCUGAGGAAUCACACUUUGGAAAGCCUGUAUGAGGAGAAUGGGAAAUCUCUUGGCAUGAAGUUCAUUACGGUUGAGAAUUCUUCUGGCUCUACAGAUUUCGGGAACGUGACUCAUGCUGUUCCAGGGAUUCACCCUUAUUUCUACAUUGGAUCUGAGGCACUGAAUCACACCACAGAAUAUACAGCGGCUUCUGGUGCAGAAGAAGCUCAGUUUUACACACUCCGGACUGCGAAAGCUUUGGCUAUGACUGCACUGGAUGUGAUCUUCAGCCCUGGAGUGUUAGACAAAGUGAAACAGGAGUUUAAAGAGGCCAAACUCAGAGAGGAGUGAGGACUGUAAGAGGUGAAACACAGGCAAGCAGAGACUAACAAGACAAAUGAAACCGUCUAGAAAUCGUAAAAGCCUAAUAUAUGAUUUACAAACAUUACAACUCUGUUGGUCUCUGUCCUGUUUGCUUGAGGAAUGUAGAACCAUUACUAUAUGUUCUGUGGAUUACAGGUAAUUAUCCCUGGGACAGUUUAAAUUGCCACAAUAUAUUGAGUGACAAAUUUUUCCCACAAUCUAAAAGCAUGAUUUCAAGCAUUAAAUAGAGAUUCCAACUUUGUCAUCACUAAUUCAAAUAUAUAGAUUAAUAGACUCUUUGUAAUGAAGCUCAGAAAUCUAUUAAUGUUGUAUCUUAUAGGCUAUGUAUUGAAAUUCAAUAAAUAAAAGCUACUAUCUUAUCAGAUUUCAGAUUUUAAGUUUUAAUUUAAAUUACUGUUUUAUCCCUAAUGAGGUGACAGUGGUGAGGAAAAACUCAAGAGAUCUUGAGAGGAACCAGGCUCAGAAGGGAACCUCAUCCUUACUUGGGUGACACUGGACAGUAAAUCAUGUAAAAAGCUGUUGAUAAUGUCCUUUCUGCAACAGCCACCAAGAGAUCUUGAGCUGCCGGAUGCAACGGCAGUUCAGUGACUGUGUGAUAGUCUCUGAGUGGUUCUAGCCACAGCAGGGGCUGUCCAUGCAGAUCUAUCCACAGCAUCAGUGAGCACCAACAAGCGCUGAGACUCCAACCAGGGGGAGAGCGUCUGGAUGGAUCAGGCAGGUCCAGAAAGAAGAAGCAAACACACAGAACACUGGGAGCUCAGAGAGUGGGACUUAUAGCUCAGCAGAAAAUGACAGAGAGCGCGAUAAAUAUUAAAUAUGCAUAUGAUCAUGUGAUGCUUAAAGACAAUGUAGAUUAUGUGCAGACAGGGACUCUGGCAAGACUAGCUAAGAUAACUAAAAGGAAAAGCCAGAAGGUGAGAGAUAUGAUAAGGGACACGGCACUAAUUGAUGUAUUGUUGACCUCCCCUCCUGUUCCAACCAGAGCGAUACACCAGGGCACCCAGGAUGCCCGAAGACAGGCCGGAACAUCAACACCAACCCC